GCUUGGGGUGGGAUGAAGUUGAUGUUUGCGCUUCGAAUCGCUGCCCUGGUUUUGGCCAUCUGUGUCACGGUGGCGUCAGCAAGCGGGGGGACCGUCGGCAAACGCGAAAAAGGUAUGUAUACGGUAUCUAUCCAGGGGCAUCCGAUGGGCGGAUGAUGGAUGGAUGGAUGGGCACGUUGGUCUGCAGGUAUGCUGGCGGGUGCGUCUGGCCUCCAGUAUCGGCUGUCGCUCGUGCAGCAGCAGGUGCGGCAGGCCAACAACAUGAUGGAAGCGGCGAAUACGAUUAGCAAGGUGGCGGCUGAGAUGGCCAAGACCGCCCAUACACAGCUGAUGGAUCUCAUCACCAAGGGCACGGAUAGAGGUACGGACCAAUGGAUGGAUGGAUGGAUGGAUGGAGCAUCUUUGUGUCUGUCAGCCUCUGGCGCAGGCUGUUAUGCCAACAACUACAUGUGCCCGGAGGAUGACCCCGAGAGUGUUGGGCAGCCGUGCGGCUCAAUCACCGCGGACGACGGAACGACCCUCAACUGCCGCUGCAUACCUGGACACUGCACGGUGAGGGCGGCACAGCACACACACAUGCAGGCUUGCUCUGCAUCUGGCGUGUGUGCAGACCGAGGGAUUCUAUAAAAUGUACGAGCGCACCAUGCCGCACUUGACAGAGAGCUUGAAACGGACCUAGUUAUACUCUCGUCGGAGGCGCGCACACACACCUCUACACACACACCGACACACAGCCACUGGCAG